AUGCAAGAGUCUGCCUCUAACGGCUGUAAAGGAUGCCAAUUCUUUCUUGCUACUAUUGAAGAUUACUUGAUGUCAAAUGAUUCUGAGGGGUUUUCAGUUUUCGUGCAGGAAGCCAAACCCAUCCGCAUCGUCGUCGAUGGGAGUGGCCGUUUUUUGCUCAACUCCGAUUUUAUGAGUGCUAGCAAGUAUAUCACCGUCGACCUAUGCGCAGCCGAUCAAACUUCUUUUGAUUAUCCCAAUCUUGACGCAGGGCCUAGGAGACCGUUAUCACCGGAUACCAACACCCCCGAGGUAUUUGAACUUGCUCGGCUAUGGCUGGACUGCUGUUCUCGACAUGAUUCUUGCGACGCACAAAAAGACACACCACUUCCUACGAGACUCGUCGAAUUGACCGGCGAUCUGGAACUACCCCUGCGCUUAUGUGUUACUAAAGAAAAUUGGCGCGGCAAAUAUGUUAGCCUUAGUCACUGUUGGGGCAAAGAGCUACCUUUUAGGACUACUUCCGAUAAUAUCGACAGCCUGAUAAAAGGAUUCAAGGUCGAGCUUCUACCCCAGUCUUUCCGAGACGCUGUUACCUUAACUUGGGAGCUCGGUUUUAAGUACUUGUGGAUCGACGCGCUCUGCAUUAUCCAAGGCAAUUUAGAGGACUGGGCCCGAGAAUCUGCGGCAAUGACACAGGUCUAUUACAAUGCGACACUAAUGAUCUCGGCAACUGCAGCGACAGACAGUUCCGUCGGCAUUUUUAAGCCGCGAAAAUGCUUCACAUCACACAGGUUUGGCCCUAAUGGUAGUCUUCUAUGGCAGUCACCAGCCAUAUUCCCGUCUACCAGUGCCGAUGAGGAGCCCCUUGAUCGUAGAGCUUGGUCUUAUCAAGAAAAAGUCAUGGCGAAGAGGAUUUUGCACUUUCGAAAGAAUGAAAUGGGCUGGAGCUGCCUCACUAGCGCAUUCUCAGAGUCCAGGGGCACGACUCCAGUGGAUGGUCCGGUAGACGAUAGUCCAUCUAUCAAGCGCUACGCUCACAAAUUCCUGGGCGUCAAAUCACCAGACGUAGAUCUAGGCGGAUUAAAACGGGAUCAACAAGGAGCUUUAUGUCAAUGGUAUAAUAUUCUUUCGGGUUAUACACAUCGUGAUCUAACGAAUCCUCGGGAUAAGCUCCCGGCGCUGUCAGGGCUUAGCCACGGCCUACUCAUCCCCGAGUUUGGUCAAUAUCUUGCAGGGCUUUGGGAAGCGGAUAUUUUUCGCGGGUUAGGUUGGACAUACACUAACAGGCAUAAAAUCCCUGUGCAAAAGUAUGGAUGCUAUAUAGCGCCGUCGUGGAGCUAUAUGGCUGGCCAAGGAAGAGUGCAUCUCUUCGACGACUGGAUAUGGGCGGAUGCUGAGCCCGCAUUGCGUCCAAGCGAACGUUGGGAACAACAAUACAACCCACGAUUGAUUGACUACCAUUUUCAGUACGAUACUUCAGAUCAGCAUGGGAGAAUCACCAACGGUUGGAUCGUCAUUCGCGCACAUUGUCGACGAAUUCUGGUGCGCCAAAACUCAACAUUGGGUGACAACUCCCGACUCGGUGAUGAUGACGAUGAUGCUAGGCUACGCCUUGACGAGCGGGAAGGCUUCUUUGAAUGGCGUUUCGACGGACCUCAUGGCUAUCACUGCCCAUGGCUCUUGCUGGACCGUGAGCCAGAUGGUUGGGGGGAAAAAUGGGCAAAUAACGAUAAAGUGGAUGACUUCGUGGCCGUUCAAAUCGGCCAGCACGCGCAUCUUUACAAGGCGUUUCUGGACCCGGAGCUUGCAUCUGUUUUGUUGAUUCUCAGGCCGAUUGAUCACGACGGUGAGCAGGUCUAUCAACGUGUGGGCAUUGUAUUGGUUCCCUUGAACAAGAGGCAGAAAUGGCAUCGGAAAUGGCAGAGACGGGACUUCAAAAUAAUUUGA